GAAGCCGUGUUGAUUGCAUAUACAAAUCAAUGUAGAUAUACAUCACGGUAGAUUAUCUUAUAUUUUAUCUGAAUCUGAAGCUUUAUUCUCAUACGUUCCAUUUACAAUUUUAAUUUAUCAAUCGAAGAAAAUGUCCGAUCAAGACCAGGCAGUUGAAAAUGCCAAAAAGACUACAAUUUCUUACGCACAAGAUUGGGGCCGCUCACCUCUCCCCCCCGUCCUCCUCGCAACCUUCACUACUGCGCUACAUGCUCGCCCCCUCCAGCCUCUCCCCCUAGCCUUCACCCCCGUCUUUCUCUUCAGUACCUACCUCAAUCUCUCUGGGUACGCCAUUGACUCCGCCGGCUUGACAGCUGCCUGGUCUGGUCUCUACCUCAUCUUGGCAAACCGAAGGAAAGCCUCGGGAAAGAACAUGUAUGCAAGAAUUGGGAGCAAAUUUGGAGCGAGAGGUAUGGUCCGAGGUGCUGCAAUGGGUGUUGCAGGUUUGAACUUGGUAGGCGGUGGAAUCACAUAUGCCUUUGGCAAGAGGGCGGAUGAAGAUAAAACUCUUUGAGUGUAUGAAUAGCUAAGGUUUGGGGCAUUGUAUCAUAUUAUGUGUGUAGAGUAAAGGGUUCAAAAGGGUAUCAAAAGAAAAGUGUCGACAUGAGCAGCGGUGAUAUCAGUCUACGGUCAAUUGUCAACAGCAAAGCCAUUGGGUUUGGAUACAAUUUCUCAUGAAAUGUCUCGAGAGUUGUUUGUAUGAAGAAUGUGUGUAGCCAGGUAUGAAUUAGAAGUUUAUACA